UAGAAAAACUUUCAUUUAAUCUUUCUACAUAAAAAUCAAUUGAUAUUGUGCAAUUAUUUGAUAAUUUUUCCUAUGUUCACCUUAAUUUUAUUUAUUUCGGAUAUUUCAACCAUUUUGAUUCGCGUUUAAUUGUAUUUCGGUUUGGCAAUAAAAGAAAGACGUCCAAGGGCGGCUCAAAAACAGUUUUAUUGCACUUGUAUUUUUGUUUCUUUAUUUUGUUUGAUUCAUCGUAUAUGAUGAAUUUCUCUGCAUUUGGUGGUCCAUUUUCUGGCAUUCAUCAAUUUGCCGCAAAAUUUGGUCAUGAUACACAAAAUGGACCAUUUUCAUCAGCUUCAUCAGGCAUGAAUUCUCAGGAUGUGCAUGGCAACCGCUAUCACACAACUACAAAUCAUUUCAAUCAAAAUUCUACCUCAGGAUCAGCAAUGCAAUAUGGACAAAAUCUUUCGAAUGCUUACAAUCAACCACAAAAUGAACACAACAACAUGUUUAGCAACGACCACAAGGAUAAUAUUUUGAAAACAAAAAUCGAACGGGAUCGUGAAGAUGCCAUAAAUCAACAAAUCUUACAAAAUGUGAAUCAAUCGUGGCAAACACUUGCGAAUCCAUCGAAUACCGUUGAUUAUUCAUCGCAUUUGUUGUCGGCAACAUUGCCUAUAUCUCUACAACAUUUUCUCAAAUAUUCGGAAUCGAUAAAAAAGGAGUCGUCCGCUUUAAAUAACAGUGUCAUCGGCAAUGGAUCGUCUGGAAAUGGCCUAAACAGCAAUUUAACAGGCAUCAAUAACUCGAUGAGCUCGGCCAAUUUGAAUUUAAGUGGAGGAUUAAAAAAUGGAAUGAAUCUGGCUCUAAAUCAAGUGAAUGCAAUGCAUUCACACCAUCACAAUCACGGUUUGAAUACAACAAAUAGCAUUACGAAUUCAACAAAUACAUCGUCAACGGCAAAUAACAGCAUAAUAAAUCAUGCUGCUGAAGUUAUUGAAAGUGUUGCAACAACAACAACAACAGCCGCCGUUAGCAAUGGCAAAAAGAAGAAGAAGAAAGCACCGAAGGAAAAGAAACCACGACCAAAACCAGGCGAAAUUCGAGAGACAAAAGCACUUGAUGGUUCCACAUUGUAUUGCUGUCCAGAAUGUCAAAUGGCGUAUCCAGAUCGAAGUCUAAUCGAACAACAUGUCAUUUCGCACGCUGUUGAACGACGUUUCGUGUGCGAUAUUUGCAACGCAGCUUUGAAACGUAAAGAUCAUCUUACAAGGCACAAACUUUCACACAUUCCCGAUCGACCUCAUGUCUGCAAUAUUUGCAUGAAAUCCUUCAAACGCAAGGAACAGCUCACUCUGCACAUUGUCAUUCAUUCCGGUGAGAAGAAACACGUGUGUCAAGAGUGUGGAAAGGGCUUCUAUCGGAAGGACCACCUCAGGAAGCACACUCGCUCACAUAUUGCUAGACGAGUCAAAUCGGAGGUAUCGGCUCAGUCGCAAUCAACAAAUGCGACUUCAAGUGGUGUAUCGACACCAUCAGCAAAUGGUAGGCAGGCCCAAAAUUCGUCUUCCUGAUCUUCCUACAAAGACUUCUGGUAAAAUCCAUAGCGGCCAUCGAAUGAUUUUGUGCUUUCAGAUCCCAUCGACCCACCUUUAUUUAUUUAUUUUUGUAAAUUAUCUACUUAUAGUCUGUUUUCUUAUUGAUUCUGUGAUUUUGCUUAUUU